AUGAGUGCGACACCCGGUACCACAGCCGGUGGCGCGACUCCCGCUACUGUCAGUGACGCAGAAUCAAGCGACAUGGCUGUCACCAGGAUCGCGAACACGCAAAAAGACACGGAAGCGGCGACUGCAACGGACAACGUUCCGCCGCCAGUCUCGCACCCAAUCGACCCGAAUGCGCCUUCAUUGUUGACUCUGCCCGGAGAAGUUCGCAACGCCAUCUACGAGGCACUCUUCAUUCACGAAUAUCCUAUUCAGAUCCAUGCGAAGAACAUCAAUCGACUCGGCUACCACUCCGGCUACCGCUCCGACAGUAUUAUCUCCGGAACUGCGCUCCUCCAGUCAUGUUGUCAAAUCCAGUAUGAGGCCACUGGUGUCUUGUACGCACGAAACGUGUUCCGUUUAGGGCUCCCCGAAGAUGCGGACCAGCGUAGUGGCACUAUUUGGGCUAUGGACUGGCUUCGCAUAAUUGGCAAACAGUCGUCUUCUCUUCGCGUCAUCCAGCUUGAUGUCAACAACUUGCUUGACGCCGACGAAACCUUAGAAGUCCUACCAAUACUGGAGUAUACCUGGAAGCUGGAACACAAGAAAAUGAACGUCCUAUUUGUGGCACCACUCGAAGUGCACAGUAGUAAAUCCUACUUCCAAAGCAAUCGGGAAUGGUCCGCCAGCCACAUGGCUAGGAUUAACAAAAGCUUGAGUACGCUCACCGCUGAUCCCUCGAACCUUCUUAGGAAGUAUUGGAAUUCUAAAAUGCUGUUGAGGGUCGGACUCGAUACAGAUGAAUCGGAAGUAUACGUUUCAUACCGCCAUAAUGACUCUGGUGGUGGUAACUGGAUGACGAAAGGCCGCAUGUCAAUCAGCGAUGAAGGCGAGCUGCGUGUGAUCCCGCCGAACAGGAACACAGAGUUUUGCGACCUCAUGAGUAUAUACUCCGUUAGGAAGAGGCUUUUCGAUUUGUUCCAGCCCCCAGGAGUUGAACUAACCUUCGACUUGGCGCACCAGACUACAAACAGCAACCUUAGAAGCCUAGCUGGGGUGAAUCGUUGGUUACGUCACGAAGCCAUCUCAGAAGUCUGCGAUGUCAAUUCAACCUUCAACUCAGCAACUUCGACGCCGAAAUACAACUUUGCGACCGAGCUGGAGAGAUUCACAGCCAUCCGGCUACGGGGUCGCCCACGCUACUUUCAUCUGUAUUUCGACCUACCGAAGCACUCUACUCUUGAAGAUGUUCGGUUCGAUGCACUGCUACUUUUAUCUGCGAUGGAUUCGGUCAACCGCAAAGUCCAUUUAGAGAUCGAGACCAACUAA